AUGGUUCUAAGUCAGGUUGCAGGCAUAUAUGAUCCUCUUGGACUGGUUGCUCCAUAUGUAUUGUCUGCAAAAAUUCUUAUGAGGACCAUGUGUUCCAAAGAAAAUGAAAUUGGAUGGGAUGAGCCUAUGAGUGAAGAUAUGAGGGCCAAGUGGGUUCAGUUCUUUACAGGACUUUAUGAUUUGCAGAAUUUAACAUUCAAAAGAUGCCUUAUGCCGGAAAACACUGAAGGUGAUCCAAUGCUUGUCAUAUUUUCGGAUGGAAGUCAGCAAGCCUACGGUGCAUGUGCCUAUAUCAGAUGGCAUACCAAAGAUGACAAAUACACAUCGAGCCUAGUGAUAGCAAAGAAUCGAAUUGCACCUGCAAAGCAGUUGUCUACCCCUCGUCUUGAACUCUGUGGAGCAGUGCUUGCGUCUAGGCUGCGUCAAAAACUAGUAACAGAAAUGAAUUUCAAAUUCAGUAAGAUUGUGCAUAUUGUCGACUCCAUGAAUGUUAGAGCACAAAUACAGCGAGAGAGUUAUGGCUUUGGGACAUUUGUGGCAACACGUGUUGCUGAAAUACAAAGCACAUCUGAUCCCACUGAGUGGUGGUGGGUUCAAGGGGAUCAGAACCCUGCCGAUAUGACUACAAGGGUUGCAGUAGCAAGUGCUUUAGGGACUGAUUCUAAGUGGCAAAACGGGCCAGAUUUUCUGAGAACUCCAUUUGAAUUUUGUCCAAUAAGUCAAGAAAAUACAAUAGACAGCGAUCAGAUACCUGAUAUUAUUGGGGUGACGAUGUCAAUCACUUCUGAGAAUCGUUCUUCCCAUGGAUGUGCUGUUAUAGACAUAGAGCGGUUUGCCAGUCUGAAGAAGCUUCUUCGAGUUACCAGCAUGGUUCUAGCCAUUGUGAAAUGGAAAACAUUUAGAGGUAUUUGUAGCAAGAUCUCUUCAGGGACAUCUGUUGAAGCAGAAAGAAGCUGGGUUAAGCGUGCACAGGAAAACUUACCAGAAGAUUACAUGAAGAAGUUUCAAAGACUUUGGCCAUUCAUCGAUCAAGAUGGGAUUACUUGCGUUGGACAGCGCAUGGCUGAAUGGAUCAAACAAUCAUGGAACCAGAGAGAAUUCUUUUUGCUGCCAAGAAAGGGUCGGUUUACGGAGUAA